GUUCCAGCCUCCAAGGUUCUCUACCACCCCACAGCACGCUGCAGCCCGCAAAGCAGCUUGACUAUGUACUAUACCCACUUAUAGCCUUGCUUACAGCUAUACCAUACCAUGCGAAUACGGAAGCCCUUUGCUGUCGCCUUCACAGGCCUAAUCCUCAUCUCCGCCGCCGCCGGCUUCUCACCCCCAGACUAUACCAUCCCCACAUACAAGCAAUCUGACAAAGCCCUGCACUUCGUUGCUUUUCUCCUCCUCACAUUCACGUUUUACUGGAUCCUUGAGACUGCGAGGCGCAAAGUCCUGCAGCUCACAUUUACCGUAUGCACGAUUGGACUGGGGUGCGCGAGUGAGAUUGUACAGGGUCUGCUGCCUAUACACCGCGACUUCGACUACUACGACAUUGUAGCCAACGUCUCGGGCUCACUCCUUGCGCUCGCAGUGUGUAACUGGUAUCACAAGCGCAUGUUAGAGCGCAAGCGGGCAGCACGGGGCUAUACUGUGGUUGCGGGAGAAGAGGACAGGGACAUUGAGCUAGGAGAGCAUCUCGGUGGACAGGAAUCAGGUGUCGUCAGACCCACUGUGGACCAAGAACUUGACCGAUGGGAUGAGAAUGCGGAGGACUGGGACACCACGGAACCAGAACCAGCUAAUGGGAAAGCUCUCGACGAAGGUGGUGAUCUAGGCGAUAGCAAGAAGCGGGAUGAGUGAGGACAAUGUCAUGUACGAUACGUAUGAUUAUGACAGAAGUGGCUGCUUGAAGCAACUUGGCCAUCGGUUUUAGGGAUUCUAGUUUGCAUAAUCAAACAUCACUUCAUAUAGGCACAAG